AUGAUAGGCUGGUAUAUUGAAGUAAAUCGUAAAAUGCUGAUUCGUCUACAGGGAACCACAGCAACCAAUGAUCAAAGCACCAGUAGCAGUUUUGCUACCCAAGAGUUGGUUUGUCCGAAGAAUUAUACAUUUAUGGAAAUUACGGGAGAUGCUGUACUUUCUGUAUUUGUAGAUAGUGACUAUGGAUCGGAAUGUAAUAUUUCUUCAUCAAAAAGUAUUGACGAAGUGGCAAUAGCAUCGUUUGUUGUACAAACGUUGAAUAAAAUGGGAUACGUACCUGGAGUGGAAAUAGGAUUACAUGUCUAUGACACGUGUAACGAUCGAAUUUCCGUGUAUAAACAGGCUUUAAUCUCUGCGGUGGAAAUGGGUUGCUCGGCACACUAUGAUCUCGGUAUUCUGGCACCGGAACGAUUCAUGGAAGUCCUCGAGUCCCUUCGGAGUCUCAAUGUCCUCCCGGUCUACACUUAUGGCUCCCCUAAUCUAAAUUUUGUUCUCAUUGAUGCUCUCGUUGAGUUUAUCAGCACGCGUUACACGACGAUUGAUUUGAUACUUAGCAGUUCGUGGACGAUUCUCGAUCGUUUUUUGAAUGUCAGCAGAGAGGCUGGCAUAUGUGUAAGAAGCGACAAAGAUAUAGAACGGAGAAAUAAUGAUACCGAACUCGUGCUAGUGGCAUUGGGAGACUAUAACGAUGUGAGCAUUUGGAUAGAUGAGCAAGAGAAUGCCGAAGAAGAGGAUGUUAAAAGAAUAUGGAUCGUGCUGCCAGUGGAUAAUUCUUAUGUGGAUGAAUUACUCCCGGAAGGAUCUUACGUAUUAAAGCCGGAACAGUUCCCUUUGGACGUUAGUCAAGGUCUAGAAUCGGCGAAUAUCUCGCAGCUGCCAGUUGAUACUAUUAUUCACUCCCCUUAUCUGUUGAGUAUCGGAAAAGCCAUUGUAGAAAUUGUUAAAGCAUUUCAGGAUAGAAAAGCCGAGAGCUGUCCUCUUGGCGCACUUGGCUGCACUUUUCCGCGCAUGGACUCACAAGAACGUCGAUCGAUGAGCAACGCCCGACUCUACGAAACACUUCACAUCCCCGCAAAAUCUUAUUCAACAAGAUACACUAUCUCACAGAAGAUGGACGGUACGAUGCUGGAAAUAACAGGAUACAAAAUUGAUGCAACGAGUGUUCAUUUCCGCAUACUCGCCGAGAACAAACAGUUAAGAUUGCCACGUUUUUGUAUUAAAAACUGUAUGCAGUGUAUUAACUUUCAAACUCAAGAUGGAACAAAUAUUGAUGAGUCUCCUGUCAUGGAAAUUGAACUUGGGACAUUGAAAACAGAGUUAUGGGUACCGAUCGUGUUGACGAUAGUCUCUUGUAUAACGUUAGCGUGCUUUCUCGUCUUUGCCUUAAUUCUCUAUUUGUUCUUUAUGGCGGAUGUGCUUGAUGGUAAUCCUACGCUUACCAUUCUUCUCAUACUUUCAACGAUAUUUAUGCUCCAGAGUAUCGUACCCUUUUGUCUGUAUGAGAGAGCGAAGGACACGGAUCAACUGAAUGCGAGCAAAAUAUUUGUAUCUUCUCUCUCAUUUGGUCUGGUAUUUUCUGUUAUGCUCACUAGGGCCCUUUGCCUUGCUUUUUCCACCAGUGAUGUUUUUUCUCAGCACAUCAACGGCUAUUUGCAAAGUUUUAUGCUAUUUUUUAUGGCGGCUGUUGAACUGGCAAUUUCGACCAUGUAUUUUGUCCUUGGUAGCAACGACUCCGCCCAUGUUAUCCGGAGUCCCUUUUACAUCGUUUUACUAAGUUAUGACGUCUUCCUACUGUUACUACUAUUUAUCGUAUGCUGCUUCAUCCCCCACAUUCAGCGCAACUACAAUGAAGGUAUGUGCUUCUUUGGUACGACAAUUGGACUCGUCAUAUGUUGGACGACUUGGAUCACCUGUUUUCUCUUCAUAACUGCCGACAAACGUGACCUUAUUAUUUGUUGUGGUAUUCUUGGUACUGCUUGCUUGAUUUUUAUCGGCAUCUUGGCUCCGCAAACGUAUUUCAUGUGUAUGCGGCUCUACAGGGAGAAAAAUCUUGUCGGCAGAUUCGAAUCCAUGGAUUUUUCUCCUGAUCCAAGAAUGAAUAAUACUGCGAGACAGGCGCUGGAUUUGCAGUCAUGUCAAUCGAUGUACGACUAUAUGAACUGCAAUAAUAAUGACGUACCUCAUCAGCAACAUCAUCAGCAGCAGAUAUCAGUGGCUAAUUAUUAUGGAAGUGCGAGCCCGAAGAACAAGUACGAGAUGAAUCACCAUAUUCUUGAGCCCAGGCACACACCCGGUUACAGUAAUUACGGAUUUCGUACGGAAAUGAGGGAGCUCGACGAUGUUUAUGUCAUUCCACAGCUCCAUAUUGAGGAUUCUGACGUGAGUCUGGACCCGCAUAAAUUUAAAAUCAAGCCGCCGACGGUGAAAUGUCGAAAGAGCAGCAAGAGCAGGACGGAGACCCGCAAUGCUUUUCCGAAACUUCCGAUGCAAAAGGCCCGUAGCAGUCGUCAACGAAACGAACGGGACAAUUGCAUCGAAACAGAGGUCUACGUAGAGGAUCGCCUCUCCCCUGUUCGCCACGGACCUAAUGAACGUUAUCCUCAGCGUAGUUGUAGUCCCAGACUUUCGCCCACCCACGCAACGAUCCGCGAAGAAGGGGAGAGUGCGUAUACCACCAGGAUUACCAGAUUUUAGGCAACUCUGCAAAAGAUUUAUUUGCCCGCAAAUAU